AUGAGUGACGAUGCACUUUUUGAUGUUUUUGAUCAAGAUGAACCGAGUGCUAUCGUUGAAUUACCAAAAAAUGUAACUAUUAUUGAACAAAUAACAACAACAACAACUACAAUCAUAAAAGAAGAAAAUGAUAGUGAAAAAAUCUCUCAUGAUAAACGUGUAUGGGAAGAAGAUGAUGAUCAAAUCGAUAUAACAAUAAAACGUAAUCGAACUGAUUUAUUAACUGAAACUGGUUCAGGAGGUUUUUUUGAAAAUGUUCCACGAAUGCAAAUUCAUACUGUUGAAACAAUUGAAUCAUGUUUACAUGAAGUUGUUUUACCACCAAAUUUUGAAUAUGUACCAUUAAAAGCACCUAUUGGUCCACCGGCUAAAGAAUAUAAAUUUAAUCUUGAUCCAUUUCAACGUGAAGCUAUAACAUGUUUACAAAAUAAUCAAUCAGUACUUGUUUCAGCUCAUACAUCAGCUGGAAAAACUGUUGUAGCUGAAUAUGCUGUUGCUAUGGCAUUACGUGAUAAACAACGUGUUAUAUAUACAACACCAAUAAAAGCUUUAAGUAAUCAAAAAUAUCGUGAAUUACAUGAAGAAUUUAAAGAUGUUGGUCUUAUGACUGGUGAUGUAACACUUAAUCCAUCAGCAUCAUGUCUUAUUAUGACAACAGAAAUUCUUCGAUCAAUGCUUUAUCGUGGUUCAGAAAUAACUCGUGAAGUUGCAUGGGUUAUAUUUGAUGAAAUACAUUAUCUUCGUGAUAAAGAACGUGGUGUUAUAUGGGAAGAAACAAUUAUUUUAUUACCAGAUAAUGUUCAUUAUGUAUUUCUAUCAGCUACUAUACCAAAUGCAAAACAAUUUGCUGAAUGGAUAUCAUUUCUUCAUAAUCAACCUUGUCAUGUUGUAUAUACUGAUGUUCGACCUGUACCUCUUCAUCAUUAUAUUUAUCCAGCUGGUGCUGAUGGUCUUCAUUUAGUUGUUGAUGAAAUGGGUAAAUUUCGUGAAGAUAAUUUUAGUUCAGCUAUGGCAACAUUACGUGAUGUUGGUGAUGCAGCAAAAGGUGAUAAACGUGGAAGACGAGGUGGUUUAAAAACUGAAACAAAUGUAUUUAAAAUUGUUAAAAUGAUUAUGGAACGAAAUUUAGCACCAGUUAUUGUUUUUAGUUUUAGUAAAAAAGAUUGUGAAACAUAUGCAUGUGCAAUAGCAAAACUUGAUUUUAAUUCUGAGGAUGAAAAACAUCUUGUUGAAGAAGUAUUUAAUAAUGCAAUUGAUCUAUUAUCUGAUGAAGAUAAAAAAUUACCUCAAAUAAAUACUGUUUUACCAUUACUUAAAAGGGGUGUUGGUAUACAUCAUUCAGGUUUAUUACCAAUUAUAAAAGAAACAAUUGAAAUACUUUUUGGUGAAGGUCUUAUUAAAGCUUUAUUUGCAACAGAAACAUUUAGUAUGGGCUUAAAUAUGCCUGCUCGUACAGUACUUUUUACAGCUGCUAGAAAAUUUGAUGGAAAAGAAUUACGUUGGAUAACAUCUGGUGAAUAUAUUCAAAUGAGUGGUCGAGCUGGACGUCGUGGAAAAGAUGAACGUGGUAUUGUUGUUUUAAUUAUUGAUGAACGUAUGAGUCCAACAACAGCAAAAGAUAUUGUUAAAGGAAAAGCUGAUCCAUUAAAUAGUGCAUUUAAAUUAACAUAUAAUAUGGUAUUAAAUUUAUUACGUGUUGAAGGUAUUAAUCCAGAAUUUAUGCUUGAAAGAUCAUUUUAUCAAUUUCAACAUUUUUCAUCAAUACCGGCACUUUAUGAAAAAUUACAAACUUGUGAACAACAAUAUGAUUCAAUUAAAAUUGAAAAUGAAGAAGAAGUUGCAAGAUAUUAUAAAUUAAAAAAAAAACUUGAACUUGUACAAGAUCAAAUUGCUAUUAUGAUAAAUGAACCAAAAUAUUUAUUACCAUUUUUACAGCCUGGUCGUCUUGUUACAGUUGCUGGACCCGGACCCGGACCCGGUCGCUUAAAUUUUUUGGAUCCAAACACAAUGACAAGUCAACCCGGACCCGGACCCGGUCAAAAUAAAAUUUUUGGACCCGGAUCCGGACCCGGCCAAAGUAAAAUUUUUGGACCCGGACCCGGACCCGGACCCGUGCGGGUCCGGGUGAAAUCUGGUGAUCUUAAUUUUGAUUGGUGUGUUGUACUUAAUUUUCAUAAAAAACCUGGUGAAAAACCAAUUUAUAUCGUUGAUGUUUUAGCACAUUUAACAUUAGAAAGUGCUACACAAAAAUUAACAGCUGAAAUUCAACCAUGUUCAUUAUUUGAAAGAGGUGAAAUGAAAGUUAUUCCAAUUCAACAUACAUUAAUACGUGAUAUAAGUGCUAUAAGAGUUUAUCUACCAGAUGAUUUACGAACAAAAGAAUCUCGACAAAGUAUAUUAAAAUCAGUUCAAGAUAUAAUACAACGUCAUCCAUUAGGUUUACCAUUACUUGAUCCAAUACAUGAUAUGGGUAUUAAAUCAAAUGAUAUGAUAUCAUAUAUAAAACAAUAUUCUAUAUUACAAACACGUCUUGAUGAACAUCCAUUAACAAAAAAUUUACAAUUAAAAAAAAUUUAUGAACAAUAUGAAUGUAAAGCAAAUAUUGAAAAACAAGUUCUUGAUGCUAAAAAUGAAUUAAAAAAAGCACAAUCAUUAUUACAAAUAGGUGAUUUAAAGAGACAUAAACGUGUUUUACGUCGUUUAGGUUAUUGUAAUUCAGCUGAUGUUAUUGAUUUAAAAGGACGUGUAGCAUGUGAAAUUGAUACAGGUGAUGAACUUGUUACAACAGAACUUUUAUUUAAUGGUGUUUUUAAUGAUUUAACUGUUAGUCAAGCAUGUGCUUUACUUAGUUGUUUUGUUUUUCAAGAAAAAGCUAAUGAAAUGCCUAAAUUACCACAAGAAUUAUCAGGACCAUUACAUCUUUUACAAGAAGCAGCUCGUCGUGUAGCACGAGUAUCAAUUGAAAGUAAAAUUGAAAUGGAUGAAGAACGUUAUGUUGAUGGAUUUAAACCAUAUAUGAUGGAUGUUGUUAAAGCAUGGGUAGAUGGACAAAGUUUUGCUAGUAUUUGUAAAAUGACAACAAUAUUCGAAGGAUCAAUUGUACGUUGUAUGCGACGACUUGAAGAACUUCUUCGACAAAUGUGUUGUGCUGCUAAAGCUAUUGGUAAUAGUGAACUUGAAGCAAAAUUUACUGAAGGUACACAAAAGAUCAAACGUGAUAUUGUUUUUGCAGCUUCAUUAUAUUUAUAA